CCUCGAGCGCGGACUCACUUUCACUCACUCGCGCCAAGCAAGCGCGCUCGCGCCACGUUCUUCCGAACGCAGUCCGUUCAUAUAUAUCGUCCGAGGCGCACACCCUCGGCAGCUCACUUGCCGCCCGUCCGCCGCUGCGCCAACAACGUGACCGCGCGCGCGCGCACAGUAGCAGUCGUCAUGUUGUCGUCAGUGAAGUGCAGUGAUACCUAGUUCGCACGUGCAGUUCGGUUCUCUCUUUCUCUGCGACAAAUUGCCCGGUUGUUAUUCCCGUGAGUUGCCAGUGGAUCUCUCGAGCGCUCUUGCGCGUCGACAAGAGCGAGUUUUACGAUGAUGAUCCUGCCGCCCGACAGCAGCGCGCAGCCGGCGGCCACCAGCUUCGCGCAGAUAUUCGCCCAGCAUCAGCAGCAACAGCACCACCAUCAGCACCAGCAGCAGCACGUGCUCGCCGCGCACACAGCGCCGUCGCCGCCCGCGGCUAUGUUGCCGACCAUGGACUCGACGGUGUCGUCCGCGCAGAGAGCCGAGCCAGAGCUCAACAUAGAAUUCGAUGGGACCACAGUGCUGUGCCGCGUGUGCGGCGACAAGGCCUCGGGUUUUCACUACGGCGUUCAUUCCUGCGAGGGAUGCAAGGGCUUCUUCAGGCGCAGCAUCCAGCAGAAGAUACAGUAUCGGCCCUGCACCAAGAACCAACAGUGCAGCAUACUCAGAGUCAACAGGAAUCGUUGCCAGUACUGCCGGCUCAAGAAGUGCAUCGCCGUUGGCAUGAGCCGCGAUGCUGUGCGAUUCGGGCGAGUGCCCAAGCGCGAGAAGGCACGCAUCUUGGCGGCGAUGCAGCAAAGCUCGCAUAGCCGCUCGCAGGAAAAGGCCGUGGCGGCGGAACUCGAGGACGAGCAGCGCCUCUUGGCUACGGUCGUGCGCGCCCACCUCAACACCUGCGAGUUCACCCGCGACAAGGUCGCGCCGGUGCUCGCGAGGGCGCGCGAGUCGCCCAAUUACACCGCGUGCCCGCCGACUCUGGCGUGCCCGUUGAAUCCUAACCUGCAGCCGUUGAACGGCCAGCAAGAGCUCCUCGAGGACUUCUCCACGAGGUUCUCGCCGUACAUCCGCGGAGUGGUCGAGUUCGCCAAGCGCAUUCCGGGCUUCGGCCUUUUGGCUCAGGACGACCAGGUCACGCUCCUGAAGGCCGGUGUGUUCGAGGUGUUGCUCGUCAGGCUGGCCUGCAUUUUCGACGGACAGACCAACAGCAUGAUCUGCUUGAACGGCCAGCUGCUCAAGCGCGAGUCCAUCCACAACAGCAGCAACGCGCGCUUCCUCAUGGACUCCAUGUUCGACUUUGCCGAACGCGUCAACUCGCUCAGGUUAUCGGACGCCGAGCUCGGCUUGUUCUGCUCGAUAGUGCUCAUCGCGCCCGACAGACCCGGACUGAGGAACACCGAAUUGGUCGAGAGAAUGCACAACAAGCUCCGAAGUGCACUGCAGUCCGUCCUCGCGCAGAAUCACCCGCAGCAGCCAGACAUCCUCAGAGAACUGCUCAAGAAGAUUCCCGAUCUCAGAACACUCAACAGUCUGCACUCGGAGAAACAGCUGGCAUUCAAGAUGACCGAGCAGCAGCAGCAGCUGCAAGCUCAGCAGGCCCAGGCGGCCCAACAGGCCCAGCAGCAUCAGCAGCAGCAGCAGCAGCAACAGCAGCAGCAGCAGCAGCAGCAGCAGCAGCAGUGGCCAAUGGAAGAGGAACCCGUUGCAUCUUGGGGAUCGGCCUCGGACGUGGCCAUGGACGAGGCAGUCAAGAGUCCACUCGGCAGUGUCUCGAGCACCGAGAGCACGUGCAGCGGCGAAGUGGCCUCGCUCACCGAGUACCACCACCACGUCUCGCCAGCGGUCGGGCAUCACGCGUCGAGUGCGCCGCUGCUGGCGGCCACGCUGGCCGGCGGACUGUGCCCCCACAGAAGACGAGCCAACUCGGGCAGCACGAGUUCGGGCGACGACGAGCUCCACCGGGCGAGCCUGGCAAAGACGCCGCAGCCGGCGCCAGGUCAGUGUCCGCGCUUCCGCAAGCUCGACUCGCCGAGCGACAGCGGCAUCGAGAGCGGCACGGAGAAGGCCGACAAGCCGGCGAGCAGCAGCACGAGCAGCGCCCCCACGUCCGUCUGCUCGAGUCCGAGGUCCGCCGAGGACAAGGAGGUCGAAGACAUGCCCGUACUCAAGCGCGUCUUGCAAGCCCCGCCCCUCUACGACACCAACUCGCUCAUGGACGAGGCCUACAAGCCCCACAAAAAGUUCCGCGCCCUGCGGCAGAAGGACAGCGCCGAGGCCGAGCCCGCCGUCAGCGUCAGUCCCCACACUCAGUCCCAGCUGCACCUACACCUGACCUCGCCGCCGGCGAGAAGUCCCUCGGCGCCGCAGCCCCAGCAGCAGUCGACGCUGCAGUCGGCGCUACAGAGCCAGUGUUCGCAGAAGGCCAGUCUGCUCAGCAGCACGCACUCGACUCUGGCCAAGAGCCUGAUGGAGACGCCGCGGAUGACGGCCGAACAGCUAAAGCGCACCGACAUCAUUCACAACUACAUCAGCCGCGGCGAGGUCAGUCUGUCGCCCAGCCGGUCCUCGCCGUCCUCCCAGGCGUGCUCGCCCUCCCCGGCGGAGCAGUGCGCCUCGACGACGACGACGACGGCGAUGACGAGCGCCCGGUCGUCGCCCCUCCUGCACCACCCGGGCUCGCCGCAACUGAUGCACUGCGCGGCCCAGUCCAGCUUCAGCGGCGCGCAGCGCUGGCCGGCGGGCACCUCGGUCAUCACGACCACGACGAAACAGGACUAUCUGGCGGCGGCGGCGCCGCUCGGCUCGCCGGCGUCCUCGCCCAGGUACCUGUCGGCGGCGGCGACGAGCAGCACGAGCACGAGUCCACGGCCCGCCUCGAACCACAGUGCCGCCAGUCUGGUGCUGCAACCCGGCAACGUGGUCGAGCUGCAGGUCGACAUCGCCGACAGCCAGCAGCCGCUGAACCUCUCCAAAAAGUCGCCGUCCCCGUCGCCCAGGCCCCUCCUGCCCCAGGGCAGCUGCAAAGCCCUGUCGCUCGAGGCGUAGUGGGUCGCUCCAGAGACGACGGACGCAAAUCGCACGCCGCAACCGGCCGCCGGCGCGCCUCGAGAGCCGCUGGGCGAGCGCCCCUGCGGUAGACGCCUACUCACCUCGAAAACCACCCACCCAUCGCUGACCUGGGCCAGGACCAGGGUGACAAGUGCCAGGACGCUACGAGCGCGUUGAUACAAACCAAAUAAUUUAUUAUUUAAAAGACGAUAACGAGAAAAGAAACACGCGAGCAGCGGCGACAGCGGCGCAAGAGGAUGGAUAUCCGUCUACGGGCGCAUCGGCAGACAAGUGUGCUCGCUGUCGAUGUCGUGAGUCGCGAUCGGCGAAAUAGAUUCCGCUGGAAAACCGACGUGAAAAAUAAUGAAAGGAUCUCGAGAAGCUAAUGUGCUAAUAAUUACGUAUUACAAAAUCAGACGCUCGCGAUUGAUCAACUGUGCGGAUCAGAUGGGCGUGCGCGACAUGAUCGUCGAAGGGAUCUAAUGCAAGUGCCGCGUCUUUAGAAUCCUAGCAUGAAUAUUUGUUCUCUCUCUGUCUAUCUCUCACCUGCGCAUCCAUCCACCCACCGGCAAGUCUGUCAGGAGAAGAUUGAAGAUUGGAGCAAGAAGACGAAAACUAGCAACAAGUUGCAGCAGCAGCAGCAGCAGCAGCAGCAGCAGCAGCAGCAGCAGCAGCAGCAGCAGCAGCAGCAGCAGCAGCAGUAGCGGCCACCUCCAAGUAAGCAAAAGAAAUAAUAACGCAAGAAGGACGUUUACGAAUUACAAACAAACAAAAAAUUGAGCGUUACAGCUAUAAAAAAGAUUAAUAAUCUAUUACAUGUGAUAAUCAUGGAAAUCGCGCAUCCUGUACAGUCUCCACCUCAUUCAUCGAUCAUCUACUCUACUAUAAUUAUUGAAUUUUAUGCAAGUAAUUAAUAUUAUUGUAUCUCCUAAGGCAUAGUGUAUAAUCGUAUACAAAAAUGAUUAUCAUCUUGCAUGUGAAAAAAAGUGUGAAUGCGUGUUAGACGAAUGCAUUAAGAAUGAGUGCGGACGCCUGUAUAUAUUGGUAUGUACGAAGAACAUAUAUAUAUAUAUAUACAUCUAUAUGUGUGUAUAUGUAUAUAUAUAGUAAUAUCGGAGUAAGAGUCCGAGGCUAUAUUGACGAGUGUGGCGAUAUAUACUGAACCCAAAGGGUUCCUGUGUGCGGUCAUAUGCAAGAACGCGCGAGUGCGAGUGUGUCGGGGCAAUCGGACAAACAAAGUCUUUUGUCGAACGUUAAUUAAUUAAUAAUAAACAAAUAAUAUAAAUAUAUAUUAUAAAAACAUUUGCGAUAUAAAGUUUUGUCAAAUGAGACUGAACGGCCCACCGCGGCGGCCCCUUUCUCCCGUAAAGCUCUAAAACUCUCCUCCACCCCACUCACACCUCACUAAUCUCUCCUACAAUCUCACUGACUUCGUCUCAAAAAUUCACCUGCCCACCACCGUAUCUCCCCCGUAGCUGGAAGACACUCCAGAACAACCGAAUUCGUGAAAGCAAAUCAACAAGGUUUAGCACACCAUUCGACUCUCAAUCUAUAUAUCAUUGUUACAGCAACAAAAGUAUAUAACAAACAAAACUAAAUCACUAGUGAUAAUGGUAUAAACAGAACAUACAAAAUGAAGUGUCUACAAAAGUAAAGAAAUAGCUCAUUAGAGGAAAAAUAAUAAAUUUUUUCGUAGAAGUAAAUGUUAAAUACAGAGUAAUUAUGUGUCGUGCGUAUGCAUGCAUGUGCGAGAGGCGAGAAAGGCGAGAAAAAAAAAGACGCGUAAGGAGUUUACUUGUAAAUAGUAGUCUCGAUAAGACUAGCUCUUAAAAAAACGAACUUAUAGACGCGUGGCGACGACGGCAAACUACGUCCUAUUAUCGAGCUCCUGUCAAACCUUACUCCAACACACCUCUUAUCUCAUGUAUCCUUUGCUAUAUCUACUCAUUUACAGAGAAUAGGAAAGAGAGAUCAAUAAUCAGCUUGUAUUCGAAAGAUAUUUGUCUUUUUAUUUGUUGAAAUAAAAACAACCUGUAUUGUAUAAACUGCUCUCCUUUCUUUAUGCAUUUUACCCCCUCACGAUGUCUAAAGUGAAAAAAGUGUUUAAAAAACAUGCACACGCACACGCUAUUCACGCAAAAUGAGAAAAAACAUUCUAAUAGGAAUAUUCUUUCCUAGAUUAACUUACUCCUUUUAACGCUCCCCGAAGAAUCGAAACUUGUACCCUCCGAAAGAAAAAAAAACGCUAAUGUACUAUUUGCUCCUCGAUGUAUUUACUGUAUACUUGGAGUCAUUCCUGUGUAUUAUCCCUCGAAUUUAAAGGUUUAAAGAUAAAAAGAAGACGAUGAUUGUAUAUGAGCGAGCGUGAAAAAAUAAAGACAUUGUAACGGAGUAUGUGAAAAGCAUAGGCUUGCGCAUCCCCUGCUACUUUAUUAUCAAAAUAUAUCUGUGUUUAUUUCUUGCAAAUUCCGCAAUUGUCAAAGAGAUUCUAUACCCCUCGUUCCUUAUUUCCCACGAUCCUGUCUACGAUAAUAACUAUCGUUAAAUUUUUUCCUCGUUCCCUGAACAGUAUAUUCCCUCCCCAAGCCUGUGCAGGAAACUAGCGUUGAUAAAUCGUCGUAUACUGUUAUGCAUAAACUACACAUAAUAAUUAUUAUAGUAAACGAUACAUAAAGUAUGAUAUAUUUCUCUAUCCAUUAAGGAGGAAGACUACAAAAUACAGAUGAAAGAAAAUUGUAUGCGCGCGAGCGUAAACCUUGUACACACCCACAUACACAAAACACUUUGGAGUACACAUGUAAACUGGAAAAAAAACUGCUCGAAAUACCGGCACGAAAAAAGAUGUGUACGCGUACAUUGUAAAACAAUUCUGAAGACACGUACAAUUGUUGUUUUCUUGGCGAAGAACGAGUGGCAAAAAAACAAAAGAAACUGAAAAAAAAUACCGAGGUACUCCGCGCAAUUAUACAUAACAGCCCCGCAUAUUGCCCAGUGAGCACGUCAUUUUGUACGCUUGGGAGUUGUGAGGUCGUCUGAAUAAACAUUUGUCUGGUGAAUUAUAAAACUAUAUCUUUUAUUUA